AUGUCAUUCUACUUCGAUCCAAUUCGACUUACGCCAUUGGACCACAUGAUGCCAGUUUCCUACAUAGCGUUCUUCUAUUCAUUUCUCGUCGACGACCCACGAAGAGCUGUGCCUGUUCUUGAGGACGCUCUUCACCGGUUACUUCAGGCGAAUCCGUUCUUAGUAGGAAAUCUGAUCAACUCCCGUUCUGGCGAGGACAAUCCCACCAUUCGUACGGUUCACCCACCAACAUCGGAAUCUCUUCGCGAAUUUCCCAUUCUCCAGGUGAGACAUCACGAGAAUGAAUACAUCGCCCGCCGAUCCCACGGGUCCAGCUGUUCUGGCAAUCAAAUCUCGAAGGAUGCCCUGUUGAGUGAUACCUAUCUGCCGGUGCCCCUCGCCGCAGCGACUGCCAAGCAGUGCCCCAUCAUUCGGUGGCAGGCCAACCUCAUGCAAGAUGGUUUGGUCGUGGCAGUGUGCUUUCACCACUCCGUGCUGGACGCCGCAGGUUUCUACAUCAUCCAAGUUGCAUUGGCGAGAUGCUGUCGGGAGCCAGACAGUACGAUUCAGGGGCUCUCCCUUGCAUCAGACCUCCUGAAAGGGAGACAGGCAAUGCUUGAGACCAGUCCGGCGAGUGGGAUCAGUGGAAGAUCAUCAGCGCGGGACUUGCAGGCCUUGGGGGUGGCCAACUUUGAGUCUGCCGAAAACCUGAUCAGCCGGCGUCUGACCUUGAAACCUGCCAGAAUCGAGUAUCUGAAAGUGGCGUGCAAUGCACUCGGGCAGGGCCGCAUGGAGAACGACCCCGUAUUCUCUCAGCCCCAGGCGUUGCUGUCGUCGAAUGAUAUCAUAUCCGCUGUAUUAUGGCUCGUCAUCAUGAGGGCGCGGUACCGACCCUGUUCAGGUACCCUAAAGGGUCCAGACGACUCAGCCCAGAGCUCCCUCAUCCUGAUCAUCGAGAUUCGUCGAUCCCUGACACCGCCACUGCCAAUGUCUUACAUCGGGAAUGGGAUUGUCCAGACUGCGACCUCUUCACCCAUCCGGGCUGCUCUGGAGUCCGUAUCACAGCCUACACAGACACCAACUCUGACGGCCCACGGGCUGCAGGUUCUCACCGACCUCGCGCUCAAGGUUCAUGCAAUCUUUUCGCGUGUGGACGAUACUUUCGUGAAAACACUCAUCCGGGAAAAGCAAGAGGCUAUAGACUGGAGUCCAAGAUUCCGGCAAGCGGAUGUUACGUCCACGAGUCUGCGUCGUAUGGGAGUGUAUGGGCUGGACUUUGGCCCAGUCUUGGGAAAGGUGGUGGAGUUCGAUAGCCCAGAUAACAGGAUCGAUGGCACGGUCUGCAUCCUACCCGCUCGGGUGAGUUCGGUCCCAGCGCCAUGGGAGGUGCGGGUCACCUUGCAGCGAGAGGUCAUGGUACGACUUUCUCAGGACCCUUUCAUGGACUGGUUGGUUGACAAUGUGUCAGCCAAAAUGUGA